AUGCCAAUGUUAGUACCAGCACCUACUACGCAGAAACUUGAUGGAAGCUGCCAAUGUGGUGGCGUUGAGUUCACCCUCCAGUCCAAUACACCUGUUCCGUAUCAACUCUGCGCUUGCAGCAUCUGUCGCAAAAUUGGCGGAUAUGUCGGCUGCGUGAAUCUGGGCGGCAUAGCCAACAGCCUUCAAGUGCUAAAGGGGCAAGAUCUGAUCAAAAAAUAUAACGCAAUCAAGGACCGCGGAACCCCUAAUGAGGAGCAAUGCAGUUCGGAACGCAAUUUUUGUUCCAACUGCAGCUCCAUGUUGUGGCUUUGGGAUCACCACUGGCCCGAGCUGAUUCAUCCUUUUGCCUCGGCCAUCGAUACAGAGCUACCCGAGCCAGCUGAAAUGGCAUGUAUCAUGGAGAGCUCAAAGCCCAAAUGGAUGCGAUGGCCUGAAGGAAAGAAGAGCACGCACUCGCUGUAUUCCAAGGAGAGCCUGGAGGAAUGGCACAAAAAGCAUGGAUACUAUAACGAAUAA